AUGUCUGCCAUUACCAACGGAAUCCACGCCAAUGUCAUCUCAGAGCGGUCAAUUGACGAGCCAAGAAAGAUCAAAGUCAUCAUAAUCGGCGCUGGUGUCUCUGGCAUACUUUGCGCGCUCGAGCUGAAGAAGCGAGUCGAGGACCUGGACCUUGUCAUCUACGAUAAGAAUGAGCAACUGGGUGGCACAUGGUUCGAGAACCGAUACCCCGGUUGCGCAUGCGACAUCCCAGCACACUGCUACCAGCUCUCCUUUGAGUCAAAUCCGGCAUGGAGCCAGUUCUAUGCUACGGCGCCAGAAAUCCUAAAGUAUUGGGAGAAGGUGGCCGCCAAGCACGAUGUCACAAAAUAUAUGAAAUUUCGAAGCAAAUUGGUCGAAGCUCAAUGGAACGACGAGUCAUCCAAAUGGAAGGUGAAGAUUCAACGUUCCGGCGAAGGCGAGAGCGAAUUUACUGAUGAGUCGGAUGUGCUCAUCUCGGCCGUUGGGUUGCUCAAUGAAUGGAGAUGGCCACAAAUUGAGGGUUUGCACGACUUCAAAGGCGAGCUACUUCACAGUGCGGCCUGGAGACCUGAAUUUGACCACAAGGACAAGAAGGUUGCGGUGAUCGGAGCCGGCUCCAGCGGCAUCCAAAUUGUGCCUUCCAUUCAACCAGCAGUGAAAAAGUUGGAUCAUUACGUUAGAGGCAAGACCUGGAUCGCCACACCAAUGGCUGCCAAAGAAGUCGAGAAGCGUACUGCUGGCACUGGCAGCAACUUCAAAUUUUCGACGGAAGAAAUUAACGCCUGGCGAGCAGACCCAGCACUGUACCUCCAAUAUCGGAGGACUCUUGAGACCGAGCUUCAGUCUGGUCACAGCAUCACCAUGCGCGGGAGCGCCUUGCAGCGUGAAGUCAAAGAAGAGUUCACAACGCUCAUGAAAAGCCGUCUUGCGCUCAAACCUGAUAUUGCUCAGCACCUCCUACCAGGAUUCUCCCCCUUGUGUAAACGACUGACUCCCGGUCCUGGCUAUUUGGAGGCGCUGACCCAGCCCAAUGUCGAAGUUAUUGCAACACCGAUUGGCAAAGUCACCGAAACCGGGAUUAUCACCGAGGAUGGUGAGCUGAGAGAAGUUGAUGCCAUUGUAUGUGCCACCGGCUUCGACACCUCUUUCAGAGGCAGAUCUCCAGUAAUCGGCCAAAACGGUGUUGUUCUGAACGAGAAAUGGGCUGAUAGACCAGACACCUACCUCUCUCUUUCCACCAGCCAGUUUCCCAACUUUUUCAUGUCGCUGGGCCCGAACUCUGCUCUCGGUGCCGGGAGCCUUUUGAUCAUUUUGGAGUAUUUCGCCUCAUAUAUCGCGCAAUGCGUCGAGAAGAUACAGCGAUCAAACAUUCGAACUAUACAGCCUUCGAAGGCAUCUGUCGCCGGCUUUACCGACUUCUGCGAGCAAUACUUCCAGCGCACGGUCUACAGCGAAGAGUGUUCUUCCUGGUACAAGACUGGUGGGCGCAGUGGCAAAGUGACAGGUCUUUGGCCUGGUUCCAGUUUACAUGCGAUCCGGGCACUGGCAGCUCCGCGUUGGGAAGAUUUCGAAUAUACGUACAAUGAUGGAAAUUCGUUUGGAUGGUUUGGAAACGGCUGCAGUGAGCGCGAUGUCAAAGAAAUGGACCGUGCAUAUUAUCUGAAGGACAUCAUGUUGGAGGAUCCUCUCGAGAAGACCGACAUGAGUGGGAUUGUCGGUUAG